AAUGUUUCUUUGCCGCCAAUAUCGGCGUCGCUGUCAGUGUGUCUUCAGUGGACGUUCUGGGACAAUAUUCACGCUGCCAAACCUCAGGUCUGUAAGUCAGGAGCCCAAGUUGCCUACAGUCAGCCUAACCCUUUUUCUCAGGAAGUGAAGAGAGAUCAGUCCACAGAAGAAAAACUUGUUCUAGCUCAAGAAGAAUUAGUUUCCAGCAGAAAUCGAAUUGCUAGCAAUAAUCAGCAGAUUCAGGAACUGAAGAAGGCAAAGUCUACACUGGAGCAGGAUGCAUCAAAGAAGGAGCAGCAGCUGGGUGAGAAGACCAAAAUGUUACAGGAUCUUCAGAAUGACAGGGAGGUGGCAAAUCUCAAGGAUGCAAAACAGCUAUUGAUUCAACAGAAAUUAGAGCUGCAAGGCAAAAUAGAUAAUAUGAAUUCAGCUCUGGAACAGGAGAAAAAAACCCAUCAAGCUGUCAAAGAUCAGCUGAAAAAGAGAGAAGAGGAGCUGAAGAAAGAAUGUGCUGAAAUUGAAGCUAAACUGGUCACAGCUCUGAAUGAAAACCUGGCUACCAUGAAGAAAGAGUGGCAAAGCAGUCAGAGGCGAGUGAGCGAGCUGGAGAAGCAGACGGACGAUUUACGUGGGGACAUUGCUGUCUUGGAAGCAACAGUGCAGAACAAUCAGGAUGAGAGAAGAGCAUUGCUGGAGAGGUGUAUAAAAAGUGAGGGAGAAAUUGAAAAGCUUCAAGCCAAACUUGUAGAAAUGAAGAAAAAGCUGGACAACACUACUGCUGCGAUGCAGGAACUUGGCAGAGAAAACCAGUCAUUACAGAUCAAACACACCCAAGCUCUCAACAGGAAGUGGGCAGAAGACAAUGAGGUACAGAAUUGUAUGGCCUGUGGAAAAGGCUUUUCAGUGACAGUCAGAAGGCAUCACUGUAGACAGUGUGGAAAUAUCUUUUGUGCCGAGUGCUCAGCAAAGAAUGCCUUAACUCCUUCUUCUAAGAAACCUGUCCGAGUCUGUGAUACUUGCUUUAAUGACUUGCAAGGAUAACUGGCUGUUGUGAGUGACAAAGAAAUGUUACACUAAAAUCUAUAAUUUCUGUUGUUGCACUUCGUUCAGCACUCAGACUACUGUUCAGUUCGGACAAUGAUUGUAACACUUGGCAAAAAUUAGUAUAUUUUAAAAUGUUUAUUGAUACCAAGUAAAACUAUUGUAUUUUUUGUGAGACAUGGGCUCAGAUCAUCCAUAGCUUAUUGCCAUUUAUCCUGGAAAGAGCUUCUAUGUCUAGAUUAGAAAUACCCACUUAUUUGUAAAUAAAGUUUAAACAGAGGAGUAA